GCGGGGUGACGGAGGGCGCCUGGGUGCUCCCCUAGGCGAGUGGCUCGUAGCCGUCAGAAAGGACCCGCCGCGGCCUCCUCGGGGAGGCCUUGAGGGGGCGCCGCCAUGUUUGGCUGCUUGGUGGCCGGGCGGCUGGUGCAAACAGCUGCGCAGCAGGUAGCAGAAGACAAGUUUGUGUUCGACUUGCCUGACUAUGAAAGCAUCAACCACGUGGUGGUCUUCAUGCUUGGAACAGUGCCUUUUCCCGAGGGCAUGGGUGGUUCGGUCUACUUCUGCUUUCCUGACGAGAAUGGGGUGGCAGUGUGGCAGCUGCUGGGAUUUGUUACAAAUGAGAAACCGAGUGCCAUCUUCAAAAUUUCUGGCCUAAAAUCUGGAAAAGGCAGCCAGCAUCCUUUCGGAGCCAUGAGUAUCCCUCAAGUGCCAUCGGUAGCGCAGAUUGGAAUUUCUGUGGAGCUGCUGGAACUCUUGGCUCAGCAGACCCCUGUAGCAAGCGCUGCUGUAUCGUCAGUCAAUUCAUUCACUGAGUUCACGCAAAAGAUGCUAGACAAUUUUUAUAAUUUCGCCUCGUCGUUUGCCGUCACUCAGGCCCAGAUGACACCAAACCCCUCUGAAGCCUUCAUUCCUGCAAACGUCGUCCUGAAGUGGUACGAGAAUUUCCAAAGACGACUAACUCAGAACCCGUUCUUUUGGAAAACAUAAUUACAAGUCGAGUCAUUUGACAUGCACUCUAAGGAUGAUCGCACCUUAAAGAUCAGGCAGAAUGGACCUAGGAAGAAAAUCUGGAUGGAAUAAUUGCAAGUCCAUGCAAUUGGGAAACACACAGGUUUUGUAGUAUCUUUGGGACUUUGUUUAAAAUUAAAGCCCUGAAAAGUA